AUGAGUACCAACCUUUCCCAGACAAUGAGAGGAGCUGUGUGUGAGAGAGAGGAGCUGUGUGUGAGAAAGAGGAGCUGUGUGAGAGAGCUGUGUGUGAGAGAGGAGCUGUGUGUGUGUGAGAGAGGAGCUGUGUGUGUGAGAGAGGAGCUGUGUGUGUGUGAGAGAGGAGCUGUGUGUGUGAGAGAGAGGAGCUGUGUGUGUGAGAGAGGAGCUGUGUGUGUGAGAGAGAGGAGCUGUGGCUCUGUGUGUGAGAGAGAGGAGCUGUGUGUGUGUGACAGAGGAGCUGUGUGUAGAGGAGCUGUGUGUGAGAGAGGAGAGAGAGCUGUGUGUGAGAGAGCUGUGUGUGAGAUAGCCUGUGUGUGUGAGAGAGCGGAGCUGUGUGAGAGAGCGGAGCUGUGUGAGAGAGCGGAGCUGUGUGAGAGAGAGGAGUUGUGUGUGAGAGACGACCUGUGUGUGAGAGAGGAGCUCUGUGUGUGUGUGAGAGAGCAGCUAUGUGUGUGUGAGAGAGGAGCUGUGAGUGUGUGA